AUGGGGAGGGGGGGUGUGUUGCAGGGAAAAGAGAGAGCAGGAGCCGUCGUGCUUAAAUCCAGCUGGCCACUCCGGUGGGAAUGUAAUCCAUAUGUGCGCGUGAGUUCAGCUACAGGAGAAAGGAAAGAUAUUACCCGCAAAAGAAGCGAUUGUUUCUGCUUUUUUCUUGUUGAAAUUCCACUCAUACUGGCCCCUGGAUCCUGGUGCGCUUUCCCCAGCCAACGCAAAAGAGAGAAAAAGGGGCAAAGAGAGAGGCAGAAAGUGAGCAAUAGUAGGACAUAGCCACAGCCAGGAAGUGUGCAGGAGAAGCAGCAGAAUGAUGGAAGGAGAAGAGGCAGUGGACGAAGGAGCUGCGAGCCAGAAUGACCCGAAUGGGCCAGCUGGGCACCCAGUGAUCCAUACUCGUCUAGAAGAAAACGGACAGUUCCAGAAAUCCCUGCCGAGCUCUGAUACGGACAUGAAUGGCAAGGCGGGUGGCAGAGGGCCGAUGACCAGCGCCGGCGAGGCCAACAGCAAUGCCAACAACCUCAGUAUGGUGUCCGAACCCACCUCGGAGGCCCAGAACCACUCACGGGCCUCGCGCACGCCCAAGAAAGCUGCCACCUUCGGGAAGCGCUCCAACUCCAUGCGCCGCAACCCCAAGGCUGAGGUGACCAAGCAGGGCUGGCUCCAUAAGCAGGCCAGCAGUGGUGUAAAGCAGUGGAACAAGCGCUGGUUCGUGCUCACAGACCGAUGUCUCUUUUACUACAAGGAUGACAAGGAAGAAGUAGUCUUGGGCAGCCUUCCUCUCCUCAGCUUCAAGAUCGGACCAGUCCAGGCUUCGGACAACAUCAACCGCAAGUUUGCCUUUAAGGUGUGGUUUGAAAAAGAGGACGAGGAAGAGGAGGAGGACGAGGAGGAGGGAGGAGGAGACCUUAAGGGCAGUAUUGCUUUCUGUUUGCAGGUAGAACACGCCGGCACUCGUACGUACUACUUCAGUGCCGACAGCCUGGAGGAUCAGGAGGAGUGGAUCCAAGCCAUGAGUGAGGCCGCCAGGAUCCACAUCUUACCCCCAAAUAGGCCAAACUCAGACUCAGUCCCACCAGAAGAACAGAACCACAUCAUGGUGGCAAAAAGACCAGAAGUACAGGACAAUGGUGAUGAUACCCCAAGACCUGAGCUACCAGAGCCUGCCAAACAUGGUGUCAAUGGAGUGGACACCAGAGAGACUCCCACCCUCACUACUCCCCUGCCCCCAGACGUGGGGGAGAGGGGAGGGCCGCCUCCUCACCAUCCCAAUGGAUGGGGUAGCUACGGCCCACCUAACGGUUCUGGCUAUCCGUCACAGGACAAAAUAAGAGAGGUGAGGGAGGUGCAGCCUGAGCCCCAGGAGAAUGUGGUGCUGCGGAGGGGCUUUGUGCCCAGGACUGCACCCGAGAGGCUGGCUCAGAGGAAGAGUUCCAUGACCCAGCUCCAGCAGUGGGUGAACCAGCGGCGAGGCAUGGCCGCUCAGGAGGACCUGCGCAGUUCAUCACGCUACUACACAGUGAACCGAGGCAUGUCAGCUGACUACUACGGCAUGUACGGUGGUCCUCCUUAUGUAGAGGAGUACCCCCUCUAUCCUCCUGGCGUCCGUCCUGAAAGCAUCUGCUCCAUGUCAGCUGCAUAUGACCGGACGCCCCUGCGCUGGACAGCAGAGGAAAAGCGGCGGUCGCUGCGGGACGGCGUGAUUUAUGCUCCACCUCGGGAGCCUCAGUGGAUGGGACCUCCUGGCUCGCACCCCGGGUACUACUCUCAGCUAGAGUCAGCUCAGGGCUCCAUGAGGCGUCUCUCGCUUCAGCCGCGCUCACGCUCCGUACCCCGUUCGCCCUCUUCUUGUUCAGGAGGGCCGUACUCACCAGGACCCCAUAACUUUGUCUCACCUGCACGGUCACCCAGCACUCGCUUCGACAGAGUGCCGGGGCGGCUCAGAGAGGAAGGAGUCUAUGCUGAUCCCUCUGUCUAUGGCCUGCGAAGAUCCCUCAGUUCCCCCAAAUAUGAUUUUCCUGGAGAUCGGCGGUCUCUCAGUCAAAGUAUGCAUCACUACAACUACCCAGCCUCUCCCUCGCUACAUGGCAAAAUGGAGGAUAUUUUAGACCUCCAGCUACAGAGAAACCUGGAGUAUCUUGAUCAGCAGGUAAUGGAGGGAGAUCACCUAAUCGGCAUGGUAACCCGAAUGGUUGAGCGCUCCUCUCCAAGCGCAAGGCUUUUCUCACAAGUGCCUCCAUUCCAUGAUAUCUACAGGGAUCUGCAUCCCACACUAAAGCUCAAUGAGAUUGAGACCAGCAAACUGCUGAGUCGCUUAUGUGAGCAGAACAGGCUUUUGAAGGAACAAGAGACUGUUGUUCAUCGACUGCGGAUGGAUAAGGAUAACCUGGAGGGGGCGCUGGUGGCCACACAUCAAGAGAUGGAACUGUACAGGACUCAGCCGCUGGCAUUGGAGAAGCUGCAGCUGAAAAAAGAAAGCUUACAGAACCAGCUUAUCAACAUCCGAGGAGAGCUCUCGCAAGCUUCCAGCGCUCUGACUACAUCCAGAAUGGAGUUUGAGGCUCUGGAGGACGAGGUGAACGCUAUUCAUGGUGACCUUUGGGAGCAACUUAACUCUGGAGGACAGAGUGAACUGGUCCACCAGCACCUGCAGAGAGAGUUCUGGAGGGUUCAGGAUGUGCUCGAGGGUCUGCACAAGAACAACCCAUCCCGAGGCACAGAUACAGCCAAGCACAGAGCAGCCAGUGGGACAUCUGGUUCCUUCAGCACGAACAGUCCAGCCAGCCCCCUGAGCUCUGUGAGUCUGACCAGCCCCCUCAGCCCUUUCUCCCCAGUACCUGGCUCGCAGACCUCACCCACAAAACAGCUGGCCACAGAGCACAAAUACAGCUCACCGGGCGAAAAGACCAGUGAUUAUGAAUCGGAGCAAGACAGACAAUCCAACAAAGUUGGUAUUGUCCCACCCAGGACCAAAUCUCCCACAGAAGACAAGGAUGGCAUCCCUAGGAGAAAUGGGAAAAUGCCCAAUGGUCACAUCUCAAGGGAGAGGCCAAAGAGUGCAGUGUUCCCGGCCGAGGUGAAGUCUAAGAUGAGUGUGGAGGAGCAGAACGAAAGGUUACGUCGGAACCAGAGCAGCUCAGUCAGGGACAAGAGACGCAGCCUCAAUCUGUCCAGCAGCCAGCACCUAGACGGCUUCAAACCCUCUGUCAACUACAGAGUGGUAAGGCGGAGAGUGACAGCCCAUGAGGUGGACAUAAAGGACCUGGAGGCGGCUGUAAGGGGGGAAGGGGUGGAGUCUCCCCGAGAGGAGAUCGCCCGUCUACGGCGACAGGUGGAGCCUGAUCACUAUGACCUGGACAUUGGCAAAGAGCUGUCGGCCCCAGAGAAAGUGCUGAUUCCAGAGCGGUUUCUGGACAUAGAACCCAGCACACCACUGAGUCCAGAGGAAGAGAGAGAAAAACAGAAGAAAGUGGAGAGGAUAAAGACACUUAUCGCCAAAUCAAACAUGCAGAACGUUGUACCGGUAUUGGACGGCCCAGCUGAGACCUCCGGUAACACUGAGCAGCAGCUGCAUGAACAGGAGAAACGCAUCGAGAUCUCAUGUGCUCUGGCCGCUGAGGCGUCCCGCCGCGGCCGCCUGCUCUCCGCCCAGACCGCCCCCAGUUCCCCCGUCUCCCUGACCAACCCGGCCCCUUCCCCUUCUGCUGACUUCUCUGACUCCUCCCACAUCAUGAAGGUGUGAGUGUGUGAAGCUCAAGCACUGGCUGCUGUGAAGUUCGAUGGUGAGCCCUUCUGAGUGCCAACUUGGAGACAAAAUGGCAAACAAAAGAAGCCCAAAAACUGACAAAGUUCAUCUCCCCAAACGAGCGUAUUUAUUCCAGUUACCGACAUGACUACAGGAAGAGGAAUACUACACAGUGUUUGGAGGUUGGGGACACUUGGGUGUGACAGUCUAAGAGACAAAGCACAGAGGUCGCUCCGAGGACACGUCCUCACAAUUGGCCUCUCUAGCUCUCACUGCACUCACACGCUUCUUCCUCUACCGAGUCCUAACUAAAGGAUCUUAACCUAUAGCAGGACUGCACAAUGCAAAUAACAAAGCUGUCUUGACAUGGGAGGGUAAGCGGCCACAUAAUGAAAGCUACAGAACUAGCCAGAAAGUGAGACUUGUUUACACAAAACCAUAUUUACUCCUUGUCAUAUUGUGUGACUGGAGUACAUAUUACAGUCAUAUUGAAAAGGCUGGAUUCAGCAGCUCAGGACAGGAUCUGCAGAAGUGAGAUUGGAGACACAAGCAUGUCAAUAAACAGCGUAACGGCCUAGGAAGGGAAGCUGUCCCGAAAGACACAAUGGAAAGUCUGGUAGACCAAGAGAGUCAGGAGAAAGUAGCAGAACCGGACAGGAGGUAGCAGGACUAGACCAAGGACCACUGAAAGUUGACCAGAUCAGUGCAUCAGUAUGUUACAACCAGAGAGACUGAACACUAGCUCAACAAUAGCACCUAAAUCUGAGUUUCAAGCUACAGCUACUCACCACAAACCACUCUUGUGAUCAUCCAAAGAUCAUGUAGAGGCAUUAUCCUAGAGUUGGGAACAAUCGCAAUAUGUGAAAGCGCCCAUUCCCUCUCUGGUCAAGGGAACCACAGUGAGAAGAUGCUUUGAAAGAGACUUGGACAAACGUAUGGACCUCAACGUGAAGAGCUUGCAAGGGCACUUAUUUCCUCAUUCCCUUCAUCUAGACUUUAGAGGAAAUCAAGCCCAGCUAAAGACAGACUCACUGUGACUCCUUCUAGCCUCUUCUUUCCCCUCCCUCCUCUUCACUUUUCACUUUAAAUAGGGCUUGCUGGGAACUAGAUCCCAGCUGUCACCGGUCCAGUACCUUCUGGUGCUGUUAGCACUGCAGUGUUUCAACCUAUUGGUUCAAUAUUAUACAUAUAUAUCUAUAGAAGGUACAUAUAUAUUGAUUUGAGUUGUAUUCAAAGCCAUGUGGAUCCUCAUAGUGCUUUUACUGAAAUAUGUGUGUGAGGUGAAAGGAGUAUAAUGAUUUAUAAAUAGUAGGUUAUAGAAUGAAAGCUGGAAAAAAGUGCCCUUAGAACUGUAAAUCUGCUUGUUGAAAGAGUGUGUUAUUUAGGGUGUUGGUUGGUGGGUGGGAGAAAGGGAGGGCAGCAACUUGCAUCUCAGCCUGUAUUGUGUUAAAUUAAAAUAUGUAGCCCAUAGAUCCCCCCUGUGAAUAUAGCGCCCAGUAGUGUAACACUGUGCCAUUGGGUAUUUCAUUUGGACAUUUUGGAUCUUUUUCGUGCUUAGGCAAAAUGAUAUGUUGUGUAAAUACUGAUAUUGAUAUUUGAUGCGGAAUUAAAUGAAACAAGUAUUUUUCUAUUACCGCCGAAUACCUUUGACGGAUGUCAUCAAGCAGCUUGAUUACAGUGUAUCAUACAAGUAACAAAUAAUUUGCCAAACCCUACAUGUCUCCUAUUUUCUUACUUCAUUCAGAUUCAGCGUUUUGGCGCUCAGAGACGCAACCCCUCACUGAAACCUGACAUGUCAUGCAAGUUGUUAGGCCGUCCCAUGCUUUUCGGCACUUCGGCUAACUUUUUAAAGUAAGGAAAAUUGGUCUGUGACUAGUCUAGCUUUAAAUCGUGGCUUCAGUUUGUGUACAGUGCUCUGUUUUUAUGGAAGUAUGUUUCAGAAAACGAUGCUUCUUUUUCUCAUGCUCUCUCUUUAACUCAUUAGCACAUGCAAGUCUUUUGCAAAGUGAGAUAACUGAAUCAAGUUUUCUGAUAGCUGGAACAGAAACAAACGUGAUUAGUGUCUCAGAAUUGGAUCAUCAUUUUCAAAAAGGUAAAAGAAACAGACCCAAGGGGAUGAUAGAGGUUCUAUUUUUAUUAUUUUAAAGAAAGGGAAAAAUAAGGUCAUCAAAAUGCAGUACAUAUUUUUCUAAGAGCAUGGAUAUUUGAUGAAUAAGAUGAAGUCUGAUCAAUGAAAUUUCUAACAGAGUGUUUUGCAUUUUUCAUGGCACUGGGGAUUAAGGUUGGCAUAUCUUUAUUUUGUUAUGUGUUGUUUCGAAGGCCUCAGUUAAGGAUAAUUUUUAAGAAAUUUAUUUUUUAUGUAAUUGGAAUGAAACGCGUCAAGAAAUGCAAAACAGUCAGAACAGAGUGUCUAAUAUUUGGUUUUAAAACAUGUAGCAUAUAAAGCUAACAAAGGACUAAACAUUGGUCUGUGUACAUAUUUUCAAACCAAAUUAAAUCUUAAUAUUAACAGUUACUGUUGCUACGUUGAGGAAAAAUACAGAAAAAAUGCUUGAACUAUGCAAAUCAAAACAGUCAAUAUGCUUGCUUUAGGAAUACCCUCAUGCAAUAAAGUGAAUGUAUUCAAAUGUG